AUGGUCCAGAGGCGAGCCACUAAACUGUCUGUAUGGUAUUUAACUCUGUUUUCCUUGCUGCUGUGGGACACUGGACUCGUUUCAUCUUUUAAUUGUGUUAAAACAGGGCCCUGUUCCUGCCAGUUAGAUGAUGGGACUUCAGUUGACUUAUCUCCUCUCUCCAGUAGCGAUGUAAAUAACCCAACAUUUUUGGACGUUUCCGGUCCAACUACUAGUGACAUCUAUUCAUGGAAUCCAUGUGCAGAUUUCUCAGAAGGACCAGACAAUUGUCAAAAUGUAGCGGUUUGCGAUAUUCAUCAAAACAUACCGAACGCUGAAUACUUCAGUUUAGGAAAUACUGACUCAGUUUCGUUUACCACAGAUGACUUAGGCCAAGUGACAAUAUCCUAUCAAUAUUCGAACAAUGGAACACAGCGUAACUCUCAUAUCCUCCUGUCAUGUGAUCCAUCACAAGAAGGAAAUUUUGUUCCCCAGGGACCAUUACCAGAUCCAACAAGUCCGGACUAUUAUUUUGGGCUGGAAAGUAAGUAUAUCUGCAAACCGAAAGCGGAAAAGAAAGGCGGAAUAUCUGUUGGAACCAUCAUCUGCAUUGCUGCCCUCGCCAUUAUUGUUUUGUACGUAUCAGUCGGGGUUUCCGUCAACGUUUUCUACAGGAAAUAUACCGGUAAACAAAUAAUUCCAAAUGUCUCAUUUUGGGCAGGAUUACCCGGUCUCAUUAAGGAUGGCUUCAAAUUUUUAAUCAGCGGAUGCAAGAAAUCGACGGUUUAUGACAGAAUAUAA